AUGGUAGUUGCGCUUAGCGUGGAGCAGGGGGUGAACCGACUUGUUGUGGAAACUGAAAAUAAACAGGUGGUGGAUGCACUCAAUUUUCCUGAACAGGAUUGCGAGCCGGCUCUUACGCGGCGUGUACGGCAAGAGCCAAACGGAGCUAGAGGAUUAAGGCAGGGUGACCCACUCUCCUCUUUUAUAUUUUUUCUUGCUAUGCAUGUUUUAUCUAAGAUGCUUAAUUUGGCUGCUACAAAAAGAGUGUUUGGUUACCACCCUAAAUGCAAAAGGAUUGGCCUAACCCAUCUUUCUUUUGCUGAUGAUCUAAUGAUAUUCUGUAAGGGUAAUGCUGACUCUAUUAUGGGCAUCUUAAUUGUUCUUGAUCAUUAUAAUGAAAUCUCUGGGCUUCAUCUUAAUUCUUCCAAAUGUGAGAUUUUCAUUGCUGGUUGUUCUUCAAGAACAUUGGACUUUUUUCAACAGAUUACUGGUUUAAAAAAUGGCAGCUUGCCUGUGAGAUACUUAGGUAUCCCUCUAGUUACUCGUAAACUUACUGAGAAGUAUUGUGCAGUCCUUAUUGAUAAAAUUAAACAGAGGCUUCACCAUUGGUCUAAUAGGGAUCUGAGUUACGCUGGCAGACUUGAACUCAUCCGUUCUGUCCUUUUCAGUGUCUCGAAUUACUGGUACAGACAUCUUAUCCUACCCCAUUCGAUUCUUUUAAAAGUGGACCAGCUCUGUUCCAGAUUUUUCUGGAAAGGUGAAGAGAAGGCAGUUGCAGGUGCUCGAGUCAACUGGGAAUUUAUCUAUUUCUUAAAAGCCGAAGGUGGUCUUGGUCUUAAGAACACAAAAACAUGGAACAAAGCGUGUACUAUUGAUCUCAUUAGGAAAAUCUUAGUGGGUGAUGGAUCGCUUUGGGUUGCAUGGUUAAAAUUUUAUAUUUUUAAAGAACAUGAGUUUUGGAAUUAUGUUGCAGGUUCAAAUGUGAGGUGGAAUAUAAACAGAAUGUUAAAAAUGCAUCCUACUGUAUUCCCCAUCUUCUCUACUUCCGAUUCACUUAGGCUAAGAGACAUCUGGGAUUCAAUUAGAAACAAAAGGGAGAAAGUAUCUUGUCACAAACUUAUCUGGUUUCCCUUGCACAUUCCAAAAUUUAGUUUGAUUGCUUGGAUGGCUUUGCUGAACAGAUUACCCACAAGAGAUCGGCUGCUCAAAAUGGGAAUUAACACUGAAUGGACCUGUGUAAACUGUAGUAAUGACCAAGAGACAAGAAACCAUCUUUUCACUCAAUGUACUCUUGUUUUUUCAUCUUUGGAACUCCAUUCUGCCGCUUAA